UGUACCUGCUCCGCGCGCACACUUUUCAUGUUAUUUUCAUGAUGUGCUUUUAUUUUCAGCGCAUGACAUGCGCGCCCGCCGUAAGUUUAUUCCCUCGCAUGCAACAUUCGCCUGCGUUUCUGUCUGCCGUCUUUUUGUCCUUUUCGCGUUUUUUUUUUUCCCCCCUUCGCCUAAAUUGCACGCAUGGCUUUAUCGGUCCUUUCUUUCCCUCCAUGGACGUGAUGAUUGUUGACGAUUGCGGCUUCCGUUUGCGAGCACUCUGGAGGUGUUUAUGACGUUUUAUUGCACUCGCGGGGCCGGUUUUUCCCUUCCUCGGGGAGAUGCGCAUCUGUCAGUGCUCGCAGCGGUUCUUGUGCGUAAUUUCGCGAGACAAGAUAGCUUUUUUUUUUGCUGCACAUUCAAGCCGGCUUUUUGUUGUUGUUGUUUUUUUGGGGGGGGGGGGGGGUAACGUGUUUUUUAAACUCUUGAACUCAAGUGUUUCUCCGGUUCAAUGUUGGUUGGAUGCAUUUUUUUUUUUUUUCCGGACAUGAAAGUCUGGCUCUCAUGCAAGCGAGCGGAUUGCGGGAGUGCGUGCGCUGUUCGCGCCUCUGACUUUCUCUCUCUCUCUCUUGAUCUCCGGCAGAGUGCGAUGUGCUGCUGGAUGUCCCGUAGCCACACCCUCUCACUACUGCUGUGCGUCCUCAGCCUGACUCCGGCGGCUUCAGGGGCGCGGCCAGAGACGCUGUGCGGGGCGGAGCUGGUCGACACGCUGCAGUUCGUGUGCGGAGAGAGGGGCUUUUAUUUCAGCAAGCCGACGGGCUACGGCCCCAACGCCCGGCGCUCGCGGGGCAUCGUGGACGAGUGCUGCUUCCAGAGCUGCGAGCUGCGCCGGCUGGAGAUGUACUGCGCGCCCGCAAAGACCGGCAAGGCCGCCCGCUCGGUGCGCGCCCAGCGCCACACGGACGCGCCGCGGGCCGCCAAGGCCGGCGGCGCCGGACACAAGGCCGACAAGAGCUCGGAGCGACGGGCGCCCGCCCAGACGGAUAAGACAAAAAACAAGAAGAGACCAUUACCCGCCGCCGGACACGCUCACUCAGCCUUUAAGGAAGCGCAUCCCAAAAACUCAAGUCGAGGUCACGCCGCAGGCCGAAACUACCGAAUGUAGGCGAGGGGAGAAGGCCUCGCCCGACCUGACCCGGUCCACCCCGAACCACGUGACAAAAGGAUGGAGAGGCCAGGCCAGGCAUCUUUUCAUUGUUUUCCACACUGCAGCGCUCCAAAUCGUGCAAACGCGAGCUAAAAGAUGCUAACUUAGCUGCUAGCAGACAAGUCAAAAGAACCAUUUCAAAUCUUUCCGCCGUUUAGCCCUCAUGCAUUGCAGAGCGUUUUUUGUUUGUUUAAUUCUGAACCAAACCCUAAAGACCAAAGUGGCUCAUAGUUGGGUAUUUUUUUUUUUUUUUAAAUCAGGACUUUUGGGUCCCGUCUUUAAACCAAACUCUGACAACGGACCGAUCGAGCAGUUCUCAAACUUUUUGGGUCCAGGACAAAAUACUUUGAUGCCAAAGCGCCAAAAUGUUGCAAUAGCAAAAUCAGAUGUAUUGAUGAUGAUAUUAAAAAUCAAUUUACAAUCUGUAAAAAGAAGCAAAAAGGUGUACAAGAAACAAUGACAUUUUAAGAAUUGAGAAGAGAUUAUGGAUUAUAUUCUUACAAGAAUAAAGUCGUAUUUUUCCGAGAUGAAGUCAAAAUGUUAAGAAAAAUCCAACUUUAUUCUCGUAAUAUUCAACUUUUUAUUCUGGUAAAGACUCGUUUAUUUAAAAAAAAAAAAUAGGAUUAUAUUUUUGACAAAAAAUUUGUUGUGGGGAAAAAUAGAACUUUAUUUCUGUAAUGAUGAUUUUUGUUCGGGGGGGAAAGACAAAAGUACUAAGGCGGAACUAAUUAAGCAUCUUUUAGUGCAAAUGAUUUUGUCCAGGCACCUUAGUUUGAGAACCGCUGCAUUAGGGAAAAUUGACGGCCACGCUGCACUCGCACCCCCCCACCCCCCCUUCUUGAUGUUUCCAAACAUAAAUAAACACAACUGUAUGGAA